AUGGAUGACCUAUAUGAAGUCAUUGGGAAUAACAGGAUUGAAGAUGUGAGUUGGAUAUGUUCCCUCUCCGAGCCCGAGCUUGAUCUUCUAAUUGGCUUGAAGAAGCUGGCAAUUCUGCGGGCAAAGGCUAUUGGUCAUGUGGAAUUGGCUGAGAAAUUUGACUUGAAGAUGCUCCGAGCGAUUGGGUUCGUUGUAAUGGAAUAUUUCAGACAAAAGGUCAAAGACUUGCCACCAGUACCGGGCAUGGACGAGACUAGUGCAUGCAUUAGGGAUGGUUGCAGUUUACUAAAAUCCAAGCUUGACAAGUUGAGCAUUGAAGAGUGGAAGUCAUGUCUCGGUAUGAAGAAGGAAAAACACUAUUUUAAAAGACCACGGGAACAGGAAGGGGCAAAAGUGAAGUAUGGAUUGGUAUUAUCUUGA